UCGUAAUUCGUCAUAAAUGUCAAAAAUAAAAAUCUAAAGUUGGAAAUUGGAAUAGUAAGAGAAUUUGUAGGAUUAUUUUGCUGCUGUGAAGAGCUAAUAGUUUUAAUUAGAAUCGUUUAAUGGUGGUUUGUUUGCGAUUCCAAUUUAUGAAUAGAAUAUGUCUGGUGGGCACAAGCAUCGAUACAAGAAUUCCGGUCUCAGUGCCGAUGAACUUAGGCGGCGCCGUGAAGAGGAAGGAGUGCAGCUCAGAAAACAAAAGCGAGAGCAGCAACUUUUUAAGAGAAGAAAUGUCAAUCUUCCGGAACCAAAUGCACCAGACAUAGCAUUACCAGAUGACUUAAGUUUAACACCAUCAGAUGAUAUAACACCAUCUAUGGUAUCUGCAUUGUAUGGCGACAACCCAUUGGAGCAAGUAAUAGCGACGCAGACAUUCAGAAAGUUAUUGAGUAGAGAGCCAAAUCCACCCAUUGAUGAAGUGAUACGGACAGGAAUUGUUCCGAAAUUUGUGGAAUUUCUAACAAAUAGCACUAAUGCAACCCUUCAGUUUGAAGCAGCAUGGGCCCUGACGAACAUAGCUUCAGGGUCCUCGGAGCAGACCCGCGUGGUGAUAGAGUGCGGAGCUGUUCCGGUGCUGGUGAACCUGGUGUGUUCAGGGGCGAGUGACGACGUGCGUGAGCAGGCCGUGUGGGCGCUGGGCAACGUGGCCGGAGACUCACCCCGGUGUCGUGACACAGUGCUAGCGGCUGGGUUGCUGCCGCCAUUGAUCGAAAUAUUAAAUAAAUAUUCAAGAAUAUCCAUGACCAAGAACGCAGUGUGGACUCUGUCGAAUCUUUGCAGAGGGAAAAAUCCGCCAACAAAUUUUGAGGCAGUAGCGCCAGGUAUCCCAGUGCUCGCGAGGCUACUUCACCACAUAGACUCUGAGGUACUGAGCGACGCUUGCUGGGCUCUCUCGUAUCUGUCCGACGGACCCAACGAGAAGAUACAAGCUGUGAUCGACGCCGGUGUCUGUGGACGACUUGUGGAACUACUUAUGCACAACAAAUACACGGUGGUCUCUGCGGCUCUGCGCGCUGUCGGCAACAUAGUGACGGGUAAUGACGCGCAAACACAGGCCGUACUCAACUGCAACCCCCUGCCCAGCCUCCACGCGUUGCUCAAGUCCCCCACCGAGGUGCUCAAGAAGGAGGCCUGCUGGACGCUCUCUAACAUUACCGCUGGCAACGCGGUCCAGAUCCAGGCAGUCAUAGACGCGGACAUUUUCCCGACUCUGAUAACCAUACUGAAGAAUGCAGAAUUCAAAACACGAAAGGAAGCGGCGUGGGCUAUUACCAACGCGACCAGCGGGGGCACGCAUGUGCAGAUAAAUUACCUAGUCGAGCAAGGGUGCAUACCGCCGCUGUGUGAUCUACUGACAUUGACGGACGCUAAGACCGUACAAGUGGCGCUCAACGGACUUGAGAAUAUACUGAAGGCGGGGCAACAGAACGACUCGCGAGCGAACCCCUACUCCAAACUCAUCGAGGAAUGCUUCGGUUUGGACAAGAUUGAAUUCUUACAGUCGCAUGAGAAUCUCGAUAUUUACCAGAAGUCGUUCGAAAUGAUUGAGAAUUACUUCGGAUCAGAGAGUGAAGACUCUCGGCUUGCACCGGAAGUGUCUUCGACAACUGACCAAUAUAAUUUCAACGCUGACCAAUCGGUGCCAAUGGGUGGAUUCCAAUUCUAAACUGGCUCUUAAUAUUAACGUGCAAUGACCCUAUGCCAUGGAUGGUAAUUAUAACGCUUCAGCAAAAGCAAUAUGUUCCAGUGUAUAUUAGAACUUACCCAUAUUAUACUGUAUCAAUACAAAUUUCAACUAUUGUAGUUAAAUUUGUUUCUCUAAAGCUUCGCCUCGUAUAUGUUGCUAAGGUAGACACAUUAUCUAUUUUCUGCUGUCUUAUUCAUAAUGACUUAUCGGAGGUUUAAAACAUGGCUAAUCGUCGCUUAUUUGAAAAAUGGUAUUCAUAAUCGCAUAUUAGAGCUAAACGCUUAUUAUCUGUUUUUGAAGUUUGUAGCAAUAAAUAUAUUUAUGUCUAUAUUUCAUAAAUAUAUUUAUGUAUAUAUAGAUGUCGAAGUAUCGACUUUUAACAGCUGAUAAGCCAUUGACAUUGAAAAGAUGUAUGGACAGUUCCUCGUUAAAUCAGAUAAAAUCAUGUGUUUUGUACGAAAUGACAACAUUGUGUGUAAUAAAGAGACACAUUAGUUAUUGGAGGUUUAUCAAACGAUUAUGAAUAAGGAAUUUUACACAAGUAAAAUUUGAAAAAAAUGUAUGAACGAUGCGGGACUCGAACCCGCGACCUCUCGCGUUCCGUGCGAGCGCUCUUUUCAACUGAGCCAACCGUUCGAGUGACGUAAAGUUCAUAAAUCUUGUUUGCUUUGUUCAACUCUCAGGUUGUGGCUUCAUGUACAGGAUCUACUUUACAAUUGGUAACCUGCUCAACCAAAAUAUUUGCAUAUUAGGAAAUUGACUUGAGAUGUCGCUCUUGCAAAUCUAAUCAAUUUGUUUUAUUUUAAUCAGAAAGAGUGCUCGCACGGAAGUGUUAUCGAACGAAAGUUUUAUCACUUUAAAAUAUAAAUUGUUAAGGAAUUUUAUCGAACUAAAUAGGCUUAAAACACGUUUAUCUAAUAUAGGUUUAUACCUUCGAUAAGCGUUUUAUUAUGAAUAAGGCGGUUAAUAUUUUGUUGUUUGUAAAAUGUUACCUAUAUUAUGUUUGGCAUUGCCAUUUGGCAUUUCCAAUUGUCGUUGUAUAUUGUUUUAUAUUGUAAUACUAUGUGAUAGUCAACCAGGUUUAUAUAGUGUAUUUCAGUAACAUUUAUAAUAUUAAUCUGCUUUUUAAGUUGUAAUAAAUAUAAUUAUUGUAACAUG